CAGAGGGGGGACCUGGAAGCGGAAGCACGUGGUGGAUGGACCUUGGCAGUUCUGGCUCAUUCAUUCGCGGGUCUGGAUCGGGGGAAAAAAGAGGAGAGUGAGCGUGUCAGCAGGGUAAAGUUGACACCUUUUCGGCAGGGAGGACUGGAGUGGAGAGGGUUGCUGGAGGUGGAUUCGGAAAUCGGGCUUGGCACCUUGUUGUAUGUGGAACCUAAAAUCCGGAGCCAGGAGCAAUCGAGGAGAGUAAAGAACGGAAAUCCAGUUCGUUGGUGUUAAUUGAUCUAAGCAGCAGCAGCCGCGUGUGAAUGAAUACUACAGCUAUGAUCAAGGAAAAUCGCUGGAAAAUACCUCCCAAUGCCCCGGCUUGCAUGGAAAAACAUCUGGACUCAGUCCAGUACAGAGCAGAUGGCUCCCUGCUGCUCAGUGCCUCCAGCCUGAUGGGGCGCUGCUGGCUGGGCUCCAUCUGGGUGUUCAAGGACCCCCAGCUGGCGCCGAAAGAGGGGCACUGCAGCGCCGGGGUGCAGACCGAGGCCGGCGUGGCGGACGCGAAGUGGGUGUCCGAGCGGAGUAUCCUCGUGGGCUCGGACUCCGGCGCGGUGGAGCUGUGGGAGUUGGCUGAGGACGAGUCCCUGAUCGUCAGCAAGUUCUGCCACCACCACCACGACGACAUCGUCACUACCGUCAGCCCGCUGGCCCAGGGGACACAGGCGGUCAGUGGCAGCAUGGACUGCUGGAUCAAAGUCUGGGAUCUUGCCCAGGAAACUGUGGUCAACUCCUAUAAUGCUCAUUCUAGCUCAGUCACCUGCGUAUCCUGUAGCCCCAGUGAAGAGGCGCUGUUUCUUUCCUGCGGGCAGGAUGGCCGGCUGCUGCUAUGGGACAGGAGGAAGCCAAAACCUGCCUCUCGCAUUGACACUCAAUGCUGCCCUACCUCUUUAGCCUGGCACCCUCAGCGAAGCAAUAUGUUUGCCUACGGAGACGACCUGGGCAAAGUGUUUGUGAGGGAGCUCCAAGCCAGUGAGAGCGUAAAGAAGAUGGACACCCACGCCCGGAGGGUCACCGGCCUGGCCUUCUCCUCGCACAGUUCCCCCUUCCUGGCCUCAAUCAGUGAUGACUGUUCAGUCGCAGCAGUGGACUCCAAUUAUUCAGAAAUUUUCAGGGACAGACGGCACCAGGACUUUGUGCGGGGUGUGUCCUGGGCUCCUGCCGGCUCCUCCACCCUCACCACGGCCGGCUGGGACCACCAGGUCCUGCACCACUCAGUGGGCCAGGAAGAGACGCCCCCAACGGCAGAUGCGGUCGCCCCCACCCAUCCGUAGGCCCAGGCCUACGUACCCUCACUCCAGAGCCUCUUCCUAAGGGAGCAGAGGAUGGCACUGGGCACGUCGCUCAUGUUCACAUCGAAACGGUUAACGAGCAUCCUGGGCAAUUAAGACUCCUCUGUGAAAAAUGGGUCUGGAGUCCUGGUCCUGCUGUGCAACAGCCCUGCAGGUUUGGCAGGGAUCACCAGUCAUCGAGUACUGACCUAGAAAGUGUGUUUACUAAGCAAAAGUGGCAACAUGAUGUCAUCGUGAGCAAAGGUGAUGUGAUUCCUAGAUGUAGUUGUGGAUCCCAGCUUGAACAGAAAACACUGGUCCCAGGGUGCAUUUUUGUAAUUCAGACUGCUAAUUUGAAUUUAUAGCAGGCACAGUGCGUUUUUCAGAUUAUCAAACAAACAGAACUGUAUGAAAACUAUUGGUACACUAAUGAGAUUUCAAAUGGGGUGAUUUUUCAAAAAAACAUCUACUGACUUACAGAGUAAUAGUUUCAUGCAGCUCUAUUUACCCAUUGUGCUCCCUUCUGCUUAUUCCUUUACAACCUUCUUCAUUGACUUUUAAGAGCCAGUGUCAUUUAAAUACAAACAGAGCACUGUGAUAAAACUUAUUUUCUCUAACCAACGAUUUCAGUGAAGGUCACACUCCCCCUGCAUUGUGUACCUGUUCCUGGGGGUGAGUAACACUGACAGCAUCAAAGUAUUUCUUAAAUUACAGCACUUCAAUAAAAGUUUGUAUGUUGAAUACCUAGUUGGUAUUCAACUACCUAGUUGGGUGUGGCAAAAUCAUUUUUUGUUGCCAAGUUGCAGCUGCAUGAAAGCUAAAAAGUGUUCACCGUGACCUGCUUGAUUUUUCAGUUAAACACUGUUUUUCCUGUCUCAUUUUUAAACAUCCUAGCAGAGAUCUGAGUGUGGUUGUUUGGUUUUCAGUACGAAGCUCAUACUUAUAUCCUGUCAGAGUGGUAAGCUGUCUUUGGGAAAUACAUUUUUUUCAAAUUUAGUCAAUGGUCAGAAUUGCAGUCACUUGCAGAAUCUUGAUGUUUUAAGUUCAUGUCUGUUAGAACAAUGGAGCACUCUCACAAUCCAAUAUGAAAAACACAGCCUUCAACGUUCUGAUAGUCUUACCAGAUAAGCACCUCUUUUGUUUAUGAAAUGCAUAACUAUAAAAAGUAUUCCUUUGUCAUUUGUUAAAAUACCUGGAAUAUUUUUGUUAAUAAAAUUCAUAACCUCAAA